AUGGCGCGGUGGCUGCGGGCCGGCAGGUGCCGGGCCGGGCAGGGCGGCGCUGCCCCGACGGGACGGGCUCUGGCGCUGCUGCUGCCGCUGUGGCUGUGCGCGGCGGGCGGCGGCGCGGCGCCGGUGUAUAACCUCAGCCUGGCAGUGGACGAGGGGCUGCCGGCCGAGACGCUGGUGGGCGACAUCCGCGCGGGACUGCCACCGGGCGCGGACCCACCCGGGGGCUUCCUGCUGUCGGAGGGGAGCGGCGAGUCGGCAGUGCUGGCGGACUUCCACGUCCAGCCGGAGACGGGCAUCAUCCGCACGGCGCGGCGGCUGGACCGGGAGCGGCGGGCGCGCUACAGCUUCGCGGCGGCCACGCUGCGCGGCGAGGUGGUGCAGGUGGAGAUCGCUGUCACCGACGUGAACGACCACCCGCCGCGCUUCCCGAAGGACAGUCUGCAGCUCAACAUCUCCGAGCUCAGCCCGCCCGGCACCGCUUUCCGCCUGCCGGCUGCCCGCGACCCCGACGCGGGUGGCUUCGGCACGCAGGGCUACGCGCUGGUGGAGGAGGGCGGCGCGGCGGGGGAGCCGCCGCUGUUCCAGCUGCGCUAUGUGCGGCCGGAGCCGCUGGAGCUGGUGCUGCUGCGGCGGCUGGACCGCGAACGGGCGGACGUCCACCGGCUGGUGGUGGAGGCGUGGGACGGCGGCAGCCCGCGGCGACGCGGCCGCCUGCGGGUGUCGGUGCGGGUGCUGGACGAGAAUGACAACGCGCCCGCCUUCAGCCGCGGCGAAUACCGGGCCCGGCUGCGGGAGGACGCGCCGCCGGGCACCGCCGUCUGCCGCCUGCGGGCCACCGACCCCGACCUGGGCGCCAACGGCGAGGUGCGGUACGCCAUCAAUCGCCGGCAGAGCGACCCCGACGGCUACUUCGCGGUGGAGGAGCGCAGCGGCGUCCUGCGCCUCCGCCGCCCGCUGGACCGCGAGGCGCGGGCUCUGCACCGCCUGGUCGUGGAGGCGCGGGACGGCGGCGCCCAGCCCGAGGUCUCCAGCGUCCUCGUCUCCGUGGCCGUGCUGGACGUGAACGACAACCGGCCCUCCAUCCGUCUGCUCUACCUCACCGAGACCGGCGGCCCACGGGUCUCCGAAGGGGCGCGGCCCGGCGACUACGUGGCCCGAGUCUCCGUCUCGGACGCCGACGAGGGCGGCGACGAGGAGGGCGCAGAGGGCGACGGCGGCGGCAUCGCGCUGGCCCUGCUGGGCGGCGACGGCGCCUUCGCCUUGCGGACGGCCGGGGCCGGCGUCUUCUUCCUCUGCGUGGCGGGGCCGCUGGACCGCGAGAGCCGCGACCUGUACGAGCUGCGGCUGGUGGCCACGGACGGCGGCACGCCGCCGCUCUCCGCCGAGGAGCCGCUGCUUCUGCGCGUCGCCGACCUCAACGACGAGACGCCCGCGUUCCCGCAGCCCCACUACCGCGCCGCCGUCUCGGAGGCCGCCUCCCCCGGCACCGCCGUGCUCCGCCUCAGCGCCUCGGACGCCGACGAGCCGGGCUCGCCCAACGCCGAGGUGCGGUACGCGCUGGAGGGCGACGCGGCCGCCCUGGCCCUGCUGCGCAUCGACGCGCGGAGUGGCGCCGUCAGCACCCGCGCGCGCCUGGACCGGGAGCGGCAGGCGGCGCUGGAGCUGCGCGUGGUGGCGCGGGACGGCGGCGUCCCCCCGCGCGCCGCCGCGUGCCGCCUCAGCGUGCGCGUGGAGGACGCCAACGACAACGAGCCGCGCUUCGAGCGCGCCGUGUACCGAGCGCGCAUGCCCGAGCACGCCGCGCGCGGCCGCCGCCUCCUCCAGGUGAGCCCCACACGGCCCCGCUCGGCCCGGCCCCCGGAACGCCCGCGCUCCGUGGCACCGCCGCCGCUCUCCAACACUGCCGCGGGAAGCAGGGGGCGCGGCAGGUGGAGCGCAGUCAGCGCGUACCGCCAGUCUCACAAGCGCUCCUUGUCCCGUAAUACUUGCAGCGUGGGUAAUGAGCACAGCUCAGGUCUUCAGAGGGAGUCAAGUGUCAGCUCUGGUUAA